AUGCCAGCUGAAAUAGCAAGAGGCAAGAAAUAUUAGCAAUAGCAUAUCAAUAAUGACCUUCCAACCAAGGAUGAGCUGUUUAGUUAGCUGGGAAUAAUGCCUGACGAUGACUCUGUUAGAGCAAAUGAUCAUAGAGGGGAUCAUCUCAGAAUUUCUAAGCAAUUGAUCUAAGAUAAAGUAAGAGACUAUUGUAUAUCCCUCUAGUAAGAGCAAUUGAAUUACUUGCCCCCGAAACCCCCAACUCCUUUAGUGAUUAAAUAGAAAGUAAGUACUUAGAGACUGACUUCUUAAGAAUUAGAGAAAAUGCUAGAGGAGCAUAGAUAAUAAAUGCGUCCCAUAGCUGAGCAAUACGAGCAAAUGAGGUUGAGUGAUGUAAGAAGUAAAAGUUACAAUCCAAAAAGUUAACGAUCCAAGAGUCCCAAAGUUAAAGUGACUUAUCACGAAGAACCAGUUAAUAUUGAUAAAUUGAGACGCUCUCAGAAGGAUAUUGAAGGCCCACAUGGUGACUUUUUAAAAGGAGUGUUACCUAAAUAAAAAUUACAAAAAUUCAAAUCUGAAUCUAAGUUGAUAUCCGACGAUGAUUUCUAAAAGAAAUUCAAAAAUUAUUUGAGAAAUAAACGAAAGCAAGAUUUGAGUAGAAACAGUUCUCAAGAGAAAUUAGAAUUUGACUUGUACCAGAGUACAAGUCCAAAUAGAGGAAGAUGGAAUCAAAAACACAUAAACAGAGCAGUAUUUAAAGAUAGGAGUGUUCUAGGAAAUGAUUCUUCAAUCAGUAAAAGCAAGAGUAUAAGUAAAAGUAAGAGUAAGAAGGAUAAGAAAAGGGAUUAAUCAAUGUCAGAAUAACAAUUAUGUGAACAAAUAUUCAAGCAGAUAGAUAAUAAAUAAGUAGGUCUCGUUGAUAAAGUCCAAACAAUUAAAUACUUGAUUUCUAAUCCAGAAAUCAUGGAAGCUUUUAAUAUCAAUCCUAAGGAUCUAAAUCAGCAAGUGAAUAAAUUUCCAACAAAACAAUAAGGCGUUUUCACAUAAAGUGAAUUUACAAAGUUUUUGUAAAGGUACAAGAGUCAAUAUGAUCAUGAAGCAUUUGGUGGAUUGAGUCAUGUAUCAUAGCAGUAGUAAGUUUCAAGUUGUUUAUUGAAUGAAGAUUAAAUCUAGAUCUUAAAGAAUAUAUUUGAUCAAUUACAAAAUGAUAUGAUUGCCUAGAGAAAGGAAUUAAUUUAGGCAUUCCGUAACGACAUAUAAGUUGUGAGAAUGUUACAUGUUUAGGCAGCCUAUGUUGCAGCAAUUGAUAAAAUUCUUAAUUUAGAAUCUAUCUUAUCAUAAUUAGAAGCUUAGGCUUUUGAAUUCCCUUACAUAUCUUGGAAACAAUUCAUGGAUGCUUUUGAGUAUGAUACUAUGGUGAGCAAAUAGUAAUUAUCAUUUGCCAAUCUAAAGGAGUCUCAAAAAUAGGUGGAUGAUCAAGACAGAAUUGAUGCACCUGAAGAAUUGCAAUAGUUGAUCAAAGAUUAAUUCAAUAAGAUUGUAAUGGAUGAUUAUGUUACAGCCUUCGAUCUCAUUGAAUGCAUAAGAAGAGCACCACUCUAUUCAUAACUCAGAAAACAAAUAGUAAGAAAAUAAUCAAAGAAAAGUGAUAUCAAAGAGGAAACCUUGGAGUAAGUAUUGAAAAGAAUUGAAGAAACAGCAGAGGAGUAUUUGACAUUUCAAGAGUUUAUGAGUUACUUUACAAGAAGAGGACAGCCUAAAUUCAAUGAAGAAGUUGCAAGUCUCGCUAAAAGUGUAAAUGUAACUGAAGCCUUAUAAAAUGAUGAAAAUAGAAUAGAUGGAUAUGAUUCAGAUCCAGAACUACACACCUAUUAGGAUAAGAUGCUACCUAGAGAAAGAUUAAUAAAAAAACAUCCAAGUUAAUAAGCAUUAUUGACAUAUUCUCAUCGUAAGAAAUCAUUGCCAUCAAAAACCCCUAUAACUAAAGAGGAUUUCUUGUCUGCCAUUUAACCUAAACCAUAAUAUGGUGCACAUUCAAAACCAAGUGAUUAUCAAUUUAAGGUAACUCAACCAUAACCAUUCAAUUUUGAUAAGAGAGAAAAAGAACGUUCUCUUUCAAUUAGGGAAAAGAAGUUAUAAGAAAUGUUAGACGAUAAGAAGAGAAACAAUUCUUUUAAGAGUUUCAAAGCUAAAGAGGUUCCUUAAAUUGUGAAAUAAGAUGGUUUAUAUGAAAAAAUAAUGAAUGAUAAUGAAAAACGAAGAGAAGAAGUCAAGAAGAAUAGUGUUUAAUUGACUCUUAAAAAUGAGAGACCAUUUUCAUUUUAUAAAAGAGACAAGCAUUCAUCAAAAAAACCACGCAGAAAGUAUUGGGAGGAAAGAGAAAGGUUUGUUUUUAAGGCUAAAGCAAUACCUUGGCAUGUUCAUGUGGAAUUACUUAGACAAAUGGAAUAAGACGAAGAAACCAAGAGAAAAGAACGAAUUGCUAAACAUGCUUAAGAAUUGGCUAUGAGUUCCAGGAUGCCACCUAGAAUGGAGAUGCACGAGAGAUAAAAAUAAGGAUAGCCAUAAUCACCAAAAUAUAUGAAAACUCAAUUAUCCUACAAAGCUAAACCCAUUCCAGAUUUUGAGAAAUUGCACUCAUCCUUUUAGGAUCAAUUAAAUCGCAAAAAACUAUAAAUGAGAACCACUGAACCUGAACCUUUUAAUUUCCAACAAUCUCACAAAGGUGUAGAUAGACCAUAUCUUGAUAGAGAGAAUGAAACUAAAAUCAAUCCAGUAAAAGAAGAUAAAAUUGAAGAGGCUAGAAAAAAAAUGAGUAUCAAGCCUGCAAGAUAACCGCCUUCUACUAAGAAAUGGGAAAGUAAUUGUGAGUUCUUGAAAAAAGAGAGAAUCAAGAAAGCUGAGAAGUAAGAACAACUCAAAAAAGAAGAAUAAGAAAGACUGGCCAAAAAAGAAAAGUUCAAAUAAAGAGUCUAAUAAUCAGAAGCCAUUUAAGACAACUCCAAGAAACUUGAACAAUAGAGAAAAGAUAGAAUUGCUCAAUUAAAGAAGGAAUCCAAAGAGUAGGAAAUGAAACAAAAGCAAAUCAUUGAAAAUUGUAAAAGAAAGGCUACUGAAUAGCCAUUACUUGUUGAGAGACCCACCAAAAGAGAUGUAGAAUUAGAGAAAAUGAAAUAACUGAACAAAAUUGAUAAGAUGCUGAAGUAAAACGGAGUCAUGAAUAGAGACGAGUAUUUCAACAAAGAAGAGAAAGCUAUGCUUGAUGAUAUACAUUAUUUAAAGAAACAUGGAUAUGAAGAUGAUUUUGAAAAAGAAUGA